AUGGUUCAACCAAAUCCUUACAUUUUGGGAAGAUUUUUGGACCCCUUAUUUGCCUUUGCAGUAGGGACGAUUAGUUAUUAUUCGUACGAACGAAAAGUCGGUAGAGAACCUGGUCAUACCCUCAACGAAUUGAUUUCAAAACGAUGGAAUAGAAUGAAUCAGAAGGCGGAUUCGUAG